AUGAUUCAAAAGAGCGUUCUUCUCACAUGCAGCGCCCAGAUUCUCUCCAUCUCCAAGGCGCUUCCGCUGCAGAUCCAUCCAGACUUGAAACUCGCCGAGAAACUCCACAAGCAAGACCCCAAAAAGUUCGGUGAUACAAAUCACAAGCCCGAGAUUGCCGUGGCUCUCUCCAACUUUGAGCUCUUUGCAGGCUGGAAACCGCUGCAAGAUAUCCAGGCUCUUCUCAAGCUGAAGCCCUUGGAGCAAUUUGUUCCCCAAACCAGCAACUUUGACGACGAAACCCUCCGACAAGUGUGCAUCAAUCUUCUCAGCACCGCGCCAGAUAAUGUCGAACGGACCAUCAAGGAGCUCCAAAGUUUACCGGAAUCUCAAUUCGGCACCGAGACCCAUAUCCCUGGUCUCUUGGAUCGCCUGAGCAAGCAAUACUCCGCCAGUGAUAAUGGUAAUCUGGUCGCCACUUUGCUGAUGAAUUAUCUCACCCUGGGCCCGGGGGAUUCUGUCUACGUGCCUGCGGACAGUAUUCACGCCUAUCUUUCAGGUGAUAUUGUGGAAUGCAUGGCCCGAUCAGAUAAUGUGAUCAACACCGGAUUCUGCCCCGUGGCGGAGCGCGAUAGCGUCGAGCUCUUCGGUCGAGCCCUGACAUUUGUCCCGCAUGACGCGCAGAGCGCGCUUUUGCCUCGCAAGAAGAGUGACAAGGGUCUGCAGGGCCGGACCGAGGUGUAUGCACCACCCAUUAGUGAAUUUUCCGUGCUGGUCACGACGCUGGGCGCUGGUCAGACGGAGACGCAUCAGGCGAUCUUGGGCCCGAGCUUGAUGGUGGUCACGAAAGGAUGUGGGUCCAUGAAGAUUCCUGGAGAUCAAACGGUGGAGUUGAAGGAAGGCUUUGUGUUCUUUGUCGGUCAGGGUGUGGCGCUGGAUCUGAAGACCGAGAAAGGCAUGGCGGUUUAUCGCGCGUACGCAGAGUAG